AUGGGGCUUCGAAGGGUUGGGAAUACCUUGCCAAUAUACGAUGCUGUUGAUGAAAAUAGAUUUACACUAAAGGUUAGACAUAGUGGUAGUAUAUUACUGAGUGAGCCUGCAACAUAUGUUGGAGGUCAUGUAGAUCAUUUUGACUACAUGGAUGUUGAUGAAUGGGGGUUUAUGACUUUACAAGACAAAGUCAUAGAGUUAGGGUAUAAUAGUAGUGACUGUAAGGUAUAUACUGUAGUGGGUGAAGGUUUGAUUGAGGUGGUUUCAGACAGUGAAGCAUGGGAUUUAAUUGAUUUCAGUGAUAAGGAUAGAGAAGUAGAAGUGUGGAUAAACAUAGGAGGGUUAAAUGUUGAAGUUGAGAAUGAUUAUGAAGUGGAAGAAGAUUCUGAUUCUGAUUAUGAACAUGAGGGGGAAGAAGAAUUGAAUACUGUAGGGGAGGAAGAUGAUUUUCAGUUUGAAAAAACAGUAGAUCCCAAUGUUGAAUAUCAUGGGAUAGGACCUACCAAAACUGUCCAGGAGGGGGAAUCUGCAGGUGAUAAAAUGAAUGCUGAAGUGAACUAUUCUGAUGAUGACACACCUCAUGGAAGUGAUGAGGAAGUAGAAUGUGAUAUUUGGCCAAAGUUUAGGAAAUGUGACAGUGAUAAGCCUGUUUUUAGUGUUGGAAUGACCUUUUCCUUGAAAAGUGAUUUUAAGGAAGCCAUUAUCAAUUAUGCAUUCAAUGAAGGAAAAGAUAUAAAAUUUGAGAAGAAUGACAACGUUAGGUGUAUUGUCAAGUGUAAGCAAAGUGGAUGUCCAUGGGCAAUAACCCUAAGAUGGAUAAAGGAAGUCAAUUGUUGGAGGGUUACAGCAUUCAGAGACUGCCAUGAUGGUUGCUCUUGGGUGUGGGAGAAUCCUAGUGUAAAGUCAAGCAGAUUAGCUAAGAGAUGGAAAAAAGAAAUAAGUGGCAAUUCGACUUGGAGAGUGUCUGAGUUUAGGGAAAAAGUGGCCACUGAUGACCACUUCCAUAUAACAUCAAAGGUUGCUUAUAAGGCAAUGACAAUGGCUAGGGCUGCUAUUAGAGGUGAACUAGAGGAUUACUUUAAAAAGUUCUGGAGCUACUACCUUGAGAUUCAAAGAUCAAAUCCAAAAACAAAAUCUAUUGUCAAGAUGAGUGACUGUGUAGAGGAAGGAGAGAAAAAGAGAUUUUUAAGAUGGUAUAUAUGUUGGGAAGCCUGUAGAAAUGGGUUCCAACAUUGCAGAAAGAUUAUAGGUGUGGAUGGUUGCCACUUAAGAUCCAAGUAUGGUGGGUAUUUAUUGACAGCAACUGCUAUGGAUCCAAAUGAUGGCAUUUUUCCAAUAGCUUAUGCAAUUGUUGAGGGAGAAAACAUGAAAUCAUGGUCAUGGUUUUUUGCUUUAUUGAAGCAUGAUUUGGGCAUUGAUGUUUGUGCACAAAAUGAGUACACAUUUAUUUCAGAUAAGCAAAAGGGAUUGUUGCUUGCAUUUAGAGGUGUUUUACCAAAUGUGGUUCAUAGGUUUUGUGUAAGACAUUUAUAUGUCAACAUGAAGGUUGCAAGGUUUCAUGGGAAUGCUAUUAAGGACACACUGUGGGCAGCAGCAAGAGCCACCACAGUGAAUUCAUUUAAGGACUCAAUGAGGAAGAUGAAAGAGCUUGACAGUAAUGCCUUUGAUUGGUUGGGGGACAAACAUCCAUCUGAGUGGUCUUGGUCUCACUUCACUAGUUCUACCCUGUGUGAUAUUCUAGUUAACAAUGUGAGUGAAUGUUUCAAUGCCAUGAUAGUGAAGGCCAGGGAAUAUCCAUUGAUAAGUUGCCUUGACAUGCUUAGGACAAUAUUGAUGACAAGGUUGUUUAAAAAUAAACAAGAAGCAUCUGAAUGGACUGGAGUUAUUUGCCCUAAUAUUGUGAAGAAAAUAGCAGUUGAAGAGAAAUCUGCAGGAUCAUAUAUAUACCCUUACAGUGUGCCUUGA